ACGGCGACGCAGUGUACAACAGUCAGUCAUCAGACGGCCGUCGGGACUUCGCUUUAGUAUUAUUAUUUUUGUUUCUAUUUCUUAGCGAAUUUUCGUUUUAAAAAAAUUGUAUUAUUUUUUCCGAUAUAAUAAUAUCGUCGCCGUUAUUGUUUCGCGAGGAUAACCAAAGACACCGAUCGUAUAAUAUUUUAUUAUCGCGCACGCCGUGUAAUAAAAUAUUUUUUUUAAAUUCAUUUUCGAAUCGCGCGCGCCCGCGUUCGCGCCAAUAAUAAAAAUAAAUUUUUCGAAAUAAAACGGAAAAUUAUAUUACACACGUAAAAUCCAACGCACGUGCGGCCCUCCAAAACGAUCGUUUUUCCGUCAACUGCGGUCCGGGGGACAAUAUUAUUAAUUGACACCACGAGUCGUAUUGUUAUUAUUCACGUCUUGGUCGCGCCAUGUGCGAUCCGAUUUGAAUUUCCGAACCGUCGGUUGACCGCGUAAUGGAUACCAAAGCCGCGACCACCUAUCACCACCAUCACCACCACGUCAUACAGCAGACGAAAAAACAGACUUCGGCCACCGCGGUGAUCGUCCGAUCGCGUCCAGUGCAGUUCGCCCAGACGUUGGCCAGGGCGUUGCGCAUCGGUCGCAAAGAGAAAAUAUCGAAAAAGGCCGCCAACAAGGUACGAUAGAAAAAAAAAAUAUAUAAAAAUGAAAAAUAAAAAAAAAAAAAAAUUAUUAAAAAUUUCAUACAACAACGAAAAUCCGUUAGAAACCGUAACUCUUACACCACCAAGGUAUCGCUCGCCUACCCCACGAAUAAAAUUCGAUCUUUUCCUUUGCCGUUUUUUUUUUUUUUUUCCCACUCGCCGCGGCGCGCACGUGUACCACGAGUUUUCCCGCGCCCCGCCGUUUAUUAUUAUUAUUAUUAUUUUAGUUUUACGCCGCCCCGUGAAUAUGACGCGGGCGAGACCCUCUCGACCACGGGCGGCCGUCCGAGAAGCGCUUGCGCCGGCCGUUCUCGCCCCACGUUUUAUCGUUACGUCACGAACGACGGUGCGGCGUGUGACGCGCGUGUUUGUAGACACGACGACGACGACGACGACCGGAUGCUGUCCGCCCGCCACCGGAGCGGCGUUUGGGUUAUCGCCGGUCGCGGCCCCGCCGCACGCACGCAUUAUUUUUGCCCGCCUCUGACGCGCGCUAGAAAAAAUACCAGAAAAUUUACGGGCGCGCGCGCGGUUUGACCUACUGGCCCGCAUAAACCAAUACGGCCGGGUCCUAACCCCGGGUCCCUACCCUCGGCGCCCGCGGUCAGUUAAUCAGUACGCCGCGGCCGGCGUUGGCUUUCCGGGCGGGUUUUGUUCUGUUCAGUUUUCCUACCCGCGUUGUCGCGUAUCGAUCGGAAAAAACGUAGGCCUCCGACGGACGGCCGCGCGGGCCCGUGUCCACCGACGACCGCGUCGUCGGGCCGCCGACGCGCGUGUCUCUCCCGCGACACGACGUGCGAGGAAUGCGCGGCGUUGUGUAAUAAAUAUUAUUAACGGGCGGCGGCGCGUGCAUAUUGGUGUGUGGUGUGCCGCCGCCGUUCCGUGGACAAUGACCCACAUACCGGAGGAAUGAGAAAUGCGACCGCAGCCGAUUUUUUUUUUCUGCGUUCUCCGUCGUCGUGUGUUUCACCGAUCGGACUUUUUUUUUUUUUUUCUCUCUGUUUUCGAGAUUAUUCGAGAGUCGCGCCGCGGUCGUCGUUUCGUUAUCGCGGGGCGUCUGGCGGGUUUUUCGUUUUGUUUUGUCUACGCACGCCCGUUAGGUCGCGGGCGUGUGUGUGCGCGUGUGUCUGCCGACGCCGUCUCCGUACCGUUUUCGCGACGGGCAAGAAAAAAAAAAUAAUAAAAAUAAAAUAGGUCGUGCAGUGUCUGGACGGCGAGGGAGCGGUAGGAGGGGAAAGAUUUCGAAUUACGAAAAUAUUGUUGUACCGUCUGGGGACCCGGGGUCGGGGGGAGGAUUGUCCGCUAGGUUAGGCUAACCGCCUAGUCUGGUCGUCGCGUGCAUCGCGGUCCAGACGGUUGGCCAGGUGCAUCGGGGGCCCGGUGUACGGCAACAAUAGGGGCCGCCGCCGGUACUCGUUUUUCAUCUCGGCCACGGCGGUUCCCUAUAAUAGGGGGCCAGGUGCGCGACCGAGACGGACCAACUCGUCUCAGACGGGAUUACGACGGCGGUUUACACCUGCUUUCACCGGGCGGCGAGCGCAAUCGCUUUCACUGCCGUGUUUGAAAAAAAAAAAUUACAUUACGUUGCGCGUUGUCGUGUAAUUUACACUAUUGCGAACGCGAAUAUUAUUAUUAUUAUUGUUGUUGUUGUUACGUCGUAUAGGUCGUUAUCGCCGCCGUCCGGUAAAAAUAAAAACAAUCUAUUUAUUUAACGGUGGGAAAAACCGGUGUGUGUGUGUGUGUGUCUAUGUACACAAUACAAAGAAGUCCGGGUACUCGCACGUUCAUCGCCGUCGUCGAUAAUAUUGCCCGCGUAAAUAUAUUAUUGUUGUUGUUGUUGUUGUUGUUGUCGUUGUGGUCGUCGCACACGGAAAAAGAGAGGGAAAAAAAACGCGGGUCGUGCAUGUGUGUGUGUGUGUGCGUGUACUAUUAGUUUACUACUAUUAUUACACGCACACAAGGAACUGGCGCGCGCGCGUCCGUGAAGAUGGCAUUGAACUUGUCGUCGACCCCGGUGGCCCUCCUCCUACUCCUCCGCGACGCCGCCCGGCACCCGCCCCGCCGCCCUCGCAGGGCCGUUCACACCAUGUGCCGGCGCACAUGUCCUUGCGUGUGCCCGGCCGUAGUCGUUGUCGUCGUCGUCGUCGCAGGGUUAACAGCCGCACGCUGGUCGCCGCAGCCCCGAUGGAAGGAGGUGGGGGGGAGGGUGGAGGAGAGACGACGACUCCCGGACAGGCGGGCAGGUAGGUGCCCCGCCGGUGUCCUUGGCGAGCGCGCGCGCUCCUCUCGUUUUACACGCACCGCGGCAAUAAACGGAUCCGGUGUUAUUGAACGGGAAACGAGUUUUUGUGCGAGAAAACGGCGCGAGGCGAAAAGCGAAAAUGAAAAACCACUCCAGCGUAAAGGGGAGAAAACCCGAAAUGGGGGAAAAAAAAAACGCACUUGUCGACUGCGUACGGGCGGCGGGGACGGGAAAGUGAAAAAUCCCGAUUCGGACGUGUCGCCGAUUGGCCCGUGAAAGUCGGCCUCGUCGACUUUGUGUAAACAAACCGUAAACAACGGAACAACAACAACAACGUCGGCGGCGACAACGGCGACGGUGUUUGUCGACGAGACUGCCUUGGGCGUUGGCAAGGUCGCGACGCCGUCGCUCUUUACACAUCCGGAAAAAAAACAAUAUCGUUGAUAGUCGACCGGCGGCGAGCGUAUAAUAUUAUCGUCGUUAUCAUUAUUGCGAAUUAGUUUUCUCAUUAUUACGGGCGGCCGUCGGUUUUACCGAUUUCCGAACCGUUGCGUCCGGCUGUCCGACACACGUCGUUGCCCGGUUACCGCGAGGCGUGCUGCCGGCGGUGUACGCGCGGCUAUAAUAAUAAUAUUAUCAGGCGUAUGCCUACGCAGGUAGAGAACGAAUAUAGUACGUGUCGCACGUCCGGUUCUCGAAGAUAUUGUGGAUUGUUUUUUUUCGUUUCUCUCUCUAUUAUUACGUCACGCACUCUGUCGCCGUCGCCGGAUCCCCGGCACAGAUAAUGCGCGCGCGAGAAAAUUUAUAUAUUAUUUUGUUGAAUGACGCAAUUUGGAUGCACAUGCGGUGCGUGCGUACGACAGACGACAGCAGUUAACGCGGGCGCGCGCGCCGCGCACGUGUGUGUGUGUACGUGUGUGUGUGUGUGUGGUACGGUUUCCGACGCGCGCGCGUCAACGUCUGAAUGAAAUGCGGCGCCGCCGCCGCCGCCGCCCCGCGAUAACAAACAAUACACGCACGCACGCACGCACGCAAAUAAUAUUAUCGUGUCACAGACGCAGACAAGGCGCUCCGACGCGCCGCGCCGCCGUGGCCCGCCGAACCGUUUUCGUCAUUGUCGUUGUUGCCGUCGUCGCUCUAUUGAUACCGUAUCUCCGGUCGCCGCAUACCGACGUCCCGAACGCCCGCGCGUCGUCGCGUUAUGCUCGCGGGUUUCCGUUUAUGAAUUAAUGUCACGGCGUUUACGGGGCGGCGGCGCGAGGUUUUUUUUUUUUUUCCUUUUUUAACUUUCGACCCGGUACAGCGCAUGCUAUAUACUACUGUCCCCGUAAACUAAUCGCACACGACGAUAACGUCGCAAUUACCGCGCGCCGUCGGCCGACAAUCGUUUAUUGUAACGCCGCCGCGCGUCAAUAAUAAUUGCAGCACCGACUCCCCCGUGUGACGGCCGCCGCCGCCGCCGCCGUAGUAACACGUGAACCCGCGAAACCGCGUUUUUCCCCGGACCGCCCCGAGCGUGAUAAUCGCCCGUCGGUAUCGAUUCGUGCGCGGCGCGGUGACGGGGGGGGGGAGGUAAAAAGGACGCGGGGGCGGCGAAACGCGCGGAAAAUACCGACGACAACAAACGCGGGGCGGCCGAACAACAACAACAACAACAACACAAUACCGCCGCAAAGCCUGUGGCCGCCGCGCGGCGCCCGCGUAUGUGGGUGAAGGUUGCGCGCCGCGCUCCGCGUGUACACCGCGAGAAACACUAUACCGCGUGAAUACGGCGCGGUAGGUGUCGCCUAUAUAUUUUCGUUAUUCGUAUACGCGGGCGCGCGCGCGCGUGUGUGUGUGUAAUUGUUGUUGAAAUCGCGGCGAUGUGUCGCGUUUAGCGGUUUAUUUAUUUGUUUGUUUUUUCUAUCUACACGUAGCAAAACGGAAGGACUGCGCGUUUUUGUAUAGUGUGCAUCGGCGGACCGAAAAAAAAUAAUAAUAAAAUAAAAAACCUACAACAACAACAACAACACCGAAAACUAGGUCGAAUUUUCACUCGAAAGUUGCGCAAACGACAACCGACACACCGCCCCGUCGUCGAGCAUUAUGCACUACGCGUGUGUGUACGGUGUGUGCGCGCGCGCGUGUGUGUUUACGUCGGGCCGCCCGCCGACGGAUUUCGAUCGUUCGUCCGCGGAAAUAUAGGUCAUAAUGUGUAACCGUACGUGCACAAUAACGACGUUAUUUCGCGUGUUAUACGGGGGAAGGGAUGGGGGGGGGCCACGUGAAAAACAAAACGGAACCCGCCGCCCGCCGUAUGGGAAUCUCCGGAAAACGUUCGCCCCGGGGGGGGNGGGGGGGGGGGGGAACAACGAGAAAUUACAGAAACAACCGGAACGAUAAGGACCGUUCGUCUCGGGAGUGUCGUUUUUGUGGGAACGAGAAAAACGUCAGGAAAUUCAGAUCGCGUGUGAUGUGCGUGUCGCCAUUCGUUCUUAUCGGCGAUUUUCGGGUGCGUAUGAAUCGUACAGCUUUACAGUAUUCUGUCUUUCGAACACCGUCCGCGGAGAACAAUAAUGACAAUUGUUAUUGUUAUUUGCAACACGAGAAACGAACCGAUUAGAAACCGAUUCGACGUGUCCACGCCGGCAGCGGUUUUCCUUUCCCGAUCGUUUUCGCGGUCCCGCCGUCAAUCGGAUGAUGCGUCUCGAUUGAAAAACCGGAAUUAUCAAAAGUCCCCCGCGCCCGAACGGAAAACACGCGCGUUUUAGCGUUUAUUCAUACGCUAAAACGGGAGCCGCGCGAAUAAUAAUAUCGCACGUGUACGCGGAGUUUUUUCCGAGCGCACGGUGUUUUAUAGAUUACAAACAAUACAGAGCGAUCGAUCUCCUGUAAGACACUCGUUACCUCGGAAAGUAUUAAAACUUUUUUUUCGGAUUACAUUUUGCAAAAAAUUUAAAAAAAAACACGCAGCUCUACGAUUUUACGUUUAUGUUAUUCGUCGUCGCCCGUAUUUUCGGGGGAUAAAAUCGCUACCUACUUUUGAUUUUCAAACGGCAAACCGUAUUAAAAAUCGCAUAAAUAUACGGGGAAUUAUUUGAAAUAAAUUUCGGUGUUGACAUUCUGUUGAUUUCCGUCAGUCCGUUGACGGGAUUUUCCACUUUUAAGUUUUGGUUGACCGGUGGUGCAUUAUUUUACACGCCGCGCGCCGUACCGCCACACAAAUGAUAUUCCCCUACAACUCUCCUCCAAAGCAAAUUUAAAAGUGCAAUAUCCCGUCGACGGAUCGACGGGAAUCAAAAAUGUCGACACUAAAAUUUAUUUCUAUCAAUACUCCGUCUAUUAACGGAAUUUUGAAUACAGGUCGCCGGUUGAAAAUCAAUAGUAGUCGUUGGUUGUAAAUAAGGGCGACAACGAAUAACACAAAUAUAAAAUUGUCUAGAAAAUAAAUUCCGCUACAAUGUUAUGAGUGCCAUAUGCGGUAGAUCGAUCACGCCGCGGUAGAGCGGGAGUUCUAAACGGUCGUUGUUUACGCGUACACGCGAUAAAAGUUUACGGGGCCCGUUUCGUCGCGCAAAAACUGUAUAAACAAUAAUUUCUGCGAUAAAAAACAAAAAUAAUAAUAAUAAUAAUAUUAACGCCACGUGCCUGGAAAGGCGACGACGUCGAGUCGUAAAACGGCGGCGGCGGCGUACAGGUGUCGGUUUAUUUAUUACGUUAUAACGACCGGCGCGCGUAGAAGGCCGCGUUCGUCGUCGGCGGGUCCGCGAACACAUAUUUAACAUCGGAAGAAAAGCAACCGCCUUUUGGCCGGCCACCAGAAACGCGUAGUAAUAAUAAUAAUAAUAAUAACCGUCGAAUAUUAUCGUCGUUAUUUACGAUUUUUAUUGCGGCGGCCAGACGGCGUAUAAAAUAUCGUCUUGUCGUCGUUUUUUUUGUUCGUUUCCUUUUCCGCUCCCCCCCGCUGCCGCCGCCGCCGCCACAAGUUAUUAUCUUUUUCGACGACCUACGUUCUCGCGAACCGUAUAGCGCGGCCGUUCGUACCGCGCGAUCUAUGUAAUAACAAUAAUAAUAAAAACAAAUCCGUUUAGGCCGUUCGAGUAGUUCCGGACGCGCGACGGCCGGUCACGGUUUCUCCCCUCCCGCUCGUGCGGUGGCGGGGAGGAGUCGCGAGUCCCGGCCACCACCGUCGGGUGGCCAACGAAAUCGCGCGUUAACGGGUUUCGUCGGAUGCGUAACCGCGUUCCCGGUGCUCGGGACCAUCCUACCACCCACCCACCCCCCUCUCCUCUCCCCCAAAAACCACCACCGCCACCAUCCUCAGCGAGUGCGAAAAAAACGAAUUCCUCACGUAAGCGGCCCUCGGACUUGUUAUGGGGUUUUCCGCGCGUUAUUCCGUCUACGUCACGGUGGCGCGAGCGUAUGUAUGCGCGCAUAAUGUUACGGGCCGUCGGCGAUAGGGUCGCGGCGGCGCACACGCACCGAAUCCCACGCAAUUACGUCACGGGCGCGCUGGCGUAACGAAAACGCGCGCGGGCGACACACUGACACCGUUGCGGCGCUGUUACGGCGGCACCGCGGUGCAUUAUCCCCGAGUUUUUUUUUAUUUUCCCCGUCGACGAUUUUCCCGUCCGCCCGGGUUAUUUAAAUAUACUUGCCGAUAAAAAAAAUAAAAAAGACACGGAGUCUUCCGCGUCGUCGUGUUUUUUAUGCGCGCGCCGCCGCCGCCGGGUGCAUUCCGCAUAGGACGUCGCACCGGGCGCCGGCAAACCGUGUACGUACAUAUACUAUGCUGUCGUCGCAUAAAAACGGGUACGUACGCGGGUGGCCGCCAACCGUGUGCCUACGUACACACGUAACGCACGAUAUAACAUUUUUAUCGCUCUGAAAUAGACGGGACAGGGGGCGACGGGCGGCGCGUCUGGGCGGCGGUGGCGGCGUCCGCAGCCGGGCCGACCGCCACUUGGCACGGCACUCCGUCUGGCCCGGGUCACGCAGGGUCGCCGUCUGAUCGCCGUCCAAAAGAGCUAGCGCCCCUCGCGUCCCGUUAAAUCGCAUCAUUAUCUCCCGUCGUCGCCCGCGUUAUAAUACGACCGCCGAUCGCGAGGAACGCCGCCCCGCCGCAGGUAACUCUAUAAUAAAAUACCGUAACUCGCGUUGAUUUCGCGCGCGCCCUCCUCCCCGACCGUUUCCGCUUCAGGUCCGCGCGACGUUUCCGUGCGCGCGUGGUUCGUAUAUCUCGCAGUCGGUGUAUCGAAAAUCGUUCUUGUUUCGGAAGCGUCGCGCGCGUUGUACAAUAUCGUGUGAAAACGAAACAGAAACGUUAUCGUACAGUAUAAGCCGCGCGAUUGUUACUAUUGUUCGCCUCGAUCUUGCGGAAUUUCGCAUUUUUUCCCCUCCCCGUAACGUUAUCGCGUAACGACGACGGCACGCGCCUAUCCGCGAACCACAAAGGUCGACCGCCGACGCGGACGAUACCAAUUCGUACUCCGCGACAUUUUCGCAACGCAACGCGACGUUCUCGCGGUUUUAUAUUAUUAUUAUCGCGUGUUCGGAUUAAUCCGCCGUCGACCUGCCGCCGGUAAUCCGCGUUACGGUAACACAUUUUUAAGUGUUACGCGUAUUUUUACGGUUAUGUAUCUGUUUUUUUUUUUUUUUUUUAUUAUCCCCGUCGAGUAUUUAACGUUAUUAGUAUUUCGGUCGUCGCCCGGCGGGAGGAGUCCACCGCGGCGGAGGAGUCGGGCGACGAGCCAAAUGACGUCAGCGGCCUCCGCCACAGCCGCCGGUGCAACGUUUUUAAGCUCUCUCUCCGUGUGCGUGUCGUCGACGGCUGCGGCGGAGGGUGUUCGAUUUCCUCGGCGCGGCGACGGGUCUCUCUCGCUCGCUCUCCGCCGCGUGCGCGUGCAAUGCCGGUCGUGACGCGAUUAUUCGCGAUUUAUUUGUUUUUUUUAUUAUUAUUAUUAAUUUCGUCCCGUCGUGCUAUUUUAUUAUAAUAAUAUUUAAUCGGUAUUUGUUUUCUUUUCCUUCACAGAUAGCAGCAGCUAAAUCGUCCGCCGCCACAGCGUACCACCACCAACCGCAAGCGCCGCCGCCGCCGCAGCAGCAGCAGCAGCAGCAGCAGCAACCGCAGCAGCAACAGCAACAGAACACGGUCGUCAUGCCGCCGCCGCCGACUAUGCAAGCGGUGUCGCCGCCCCAACAGCAGCAGUCGCAGCAGCAGCAGCAGCAGCCGCCGUCCGUACAGGCCCCCCCGCCAUCCCAGGUAGUCGUGCAGGUCAACGGCGGCGGCCAGACUCAGGCCGCCGACAAGAUGGCUAACGUGAUGCCGGUGACGAAACGCACGCCCAAAGACUACAUUUUCGGGAAAGUCAUCGGCGAGGGCAGCUAUUCCACCGUACGUACAAUAACCUUUGACGAAAAAACAAAAACAAAAAACUCGAAAAUAUCCAUCGGCCGUGUCAUUGUGUUACACCCCCCGGUGUCAUGAUGUUUCCCGCGUUCGAAGAGCGAAAAACAUCCCGUCGUCGCAUUCUAUUCGCCCGGAUUCCGGACUCGCGCCCUCGAAUCGCCGCGCGUAGUCGGGAAAUCCGGCGAUUUCGAACGCCGACGCGUUGACAAUCCUAUUUGAAACGUUUCGAAAAUUUUGCGUGCACAUUUCGUCGAUACCCGCGUGUUUUCGUCCCGCGCGUUAAAUCCCAAGAGCGACGCCGGAAAUUCGCGAGAAUCCGGAUAUUUUUAUUACGGGCGGAGGAAACGCGUAAAGUCGAGGGAAAAUUAGAGUGGGGAAAAAAACCGUACGAAUUUAGCGCGAAUUAAAUUUCGUGUAACGUGCCGCCGCGAGUCACACCUGUGCACCGACCGCGGCGCCUACGCCGCCCACGAAUGCAAAUCGUCUUACGGUUCGCUCUCUCCGGUCUCCUUUUUUUUUUUUUUUUUUCUCUGUAUAUUAAAUCCGUAAAAAAUACGUCUUUAUACGUACGCGUAAAAUAAUAAUAAUAUUAUGAUUAUUACCGAGACCGGCGCCCGCGACCUCCGUUAACGUACACAAUAAUAUCGUCCGUACCAUCCGAAGUCUAUUUUUACGCGGUCUUUGAAAAAAAAAAUAAAAUAAUAACAGUAAUAAUAAUUAUCAUUCUCCGACGCCUACGCUUUUAUUGUGCCCGUCGUAAACGUACCGACCGAGUGAGGCUUAUCGUCGUCGAGACCUUUCGGCGCAUAAACGGCCCCGCGGGCGGUCUUAUCUGCGGACACGCGUCCGCCGUUACCUAACGCGACGACGGCGCGCGCGCGAGCGAGCGAUCGUGCGAUCGUAAUUGCCGGCCGCGCCGUCCUCGGGCAAAAGCGUAGACCUUUGACUCCUCGGUUACCAACAACAAUAAUAACACAAAUGUAAUUUGCACUAAUCGACGAUACCGGUCCGUACGCGAUAUCGUACGAUUAUUAAAAUAUUACGCGGCUGAAAUACCUGCCGUAUUGUAAUAAUAUUACAUUGUUUUAGCGACCGACGGCGCGCGUUUAAACCUCAUCGACCUUGAUUACCGCCGUUUUUAGACCGGUUCAGUGACCGACGUUAUCAUCAUCGCACCACAUAAUAAUAAUAAUAAUAAUAAUAAUGAUACACGAGCAGCGCGCAUAAAUAAUUUCCCGUCGUCGUCGUAUCAUUUCUCGUACGACACCGGCGAUCUUGCAUGCCUGUCGAUAUAAUCAUAAUAACAAUAACAUACAAGCCCGGAUUAAGACGUUCGGAAGUCUUCGGGGCCGAACUUUUCAACCGGGACCGACGAGUAUAAUAGCUAAUAAUAAAAACUGUUACGUAAUAUAAAAUAGAUCAAUAGUAUAAUAGUCGUGGGCGAAAAAUCGCGUUAAAACCAAUUAAAAAUAUCGAAAACUACCAAGUCGACGGUUAAAUGCGUAAUACGGAUAAAGAACCGUUAUUCGAUACAUGGAAAUACCGUAAUGGCAAAAAGUGAAUCUGGUGGCUCGGGGACCGUGGUCUCCUAUAGGACAUCCCUCACCCCCGGUCUUGGAUAUAUUACCUGUACAAUAUCUGUACCUAUAUAUAUACCGCAUGGUUUCGACUAACUUUUUUUUCCAUAUCGUUUUUCAGGUUUAUCUGGCCAAAGACAUACACACAAGUCGUGAACAUGCAAGUGAGUCGAAAACAUAUUAUAUAAUCUACCUUACUCUAAGCUCCGAGUCAGUGGCGAAACGAACUUGAAAAUAAUCUAAAAGCCCGAAUAUUUCCUAAUAUUUAUAAUGUAUCCGAAUUUUUUUAUUCAACUUUUUCAACGAAUUUCCACAGUGAAAAGCGAUCGCGUUCGGGGUAGUGGCUGAGAGAUUAGGGAUCAUAUCUCCCGCCCUCUAUUGGAUUUUUAAAAUAACUACGAGUAGGUUUGGUUGUUAAAGUAAUUCAAUCGUGAAACGUCACGGGGAAAAAUCCGGCCUUUAACGAACGUUGAAAAUUCCCGGACACAACGCUACAUGGCGAUGUGGGAGACUGAGGAAAGAGUUAGGGAGUUCGGACGUGGAAAAAAGUCCGCGUGUGUUGCGAUCGCAUAACGAUUUUUUAAAUUUUUUUUGUCGGAAUUUCAAUAUUAUAUUUUACGAUCGCGUAACAAACAAAAAAAAAAACAUUACGAUGCCCCGCCGGCGAGUUUCUUUUAACGAUUUUUUUUUUCACAUAGUCCGAUGACGUUUUUUCCACGUGUCAACCUUCGAGUCGUCCGGUGACCGUUUUCGGACACGUGCACAUUACAAUCGCUUCGGAAGUUAGUCGAUAACCGUAUACCGUUUUUUUUUUUUUUUUUUUUUUUUUUUUUUUUUUUAUUUUCAGUCGGCCAUUAAUAGUUAUUAUAAUGUGUACGCGGUCUAUUCCGAUUAUCGUCGCGUCUCCGAUGAGAUACGUCGACAAAAUGAUAAAAAAAAAGUCACUUAAAUUACGCCGGUAAUUCCAUUACGAUAUUUCGCUCAUCGUGUAUUACAGUCGCAAUAAGUCGUGGACCGGUUCGCCGGUAAUUACCCAAUACUACGCGAUUAUACCGUUUGUUUUUCAACUCCGGUAUUUUUUUUUUAUUAACGACACGCCGAACUCGACUAAUAUUAUUAUUAUUACUCGAACACCAUAUUCAGAUCCCUAGUUCAAAACCUAUUUCAAAAUGUAUCGACUUUCAAAAAAAAAUAGAAAACGUUUUUCGGCAAUUUAAGAAACAAAAGCGGCUUUAUAAAAUCUUACAUAACCGUUAGUGUAACGACUAUAUUUAGAUCUACAAAUAGCAUAUCAAGUGUGUCAAUGGAAAUCGACAAUUUCGUCGCAAACAUUUAUUUAUGCAUCAAAAGUAGUAACCCCAAAAAUGAACAGUAUUGUAAAAUUUUAUAAAGCUGCUUGUUUCUUAAAUUUAGACGUGACAAAAUAAUCACUCAGUAUAAUAAAACCGUCACUUUCCUCGGGGUUGGGCAACACGAAAGCUUUUUCCCAUAAGUUAAUAUUAUUCCGACUUGGAUUUAUACUGAAUUUUUGUUAUUUUUUUUUUCUCUAGUCAAAGUGUGCGAAAAACAACAGAUCAUCAGAGAAAAGAAACGCGAACAAGUACGCCGUGAAAAAGACGCCCUGAACAUCCUGAGCAAUUCCGGUUCCAGCUUUUUCGUCAAGCUGUACUGCACCUUUCAGGACGCUGAAAGACUCUGUAUCCUUUCGUUACAUACACACGAUAAAAACAUAAUUUUUGUUAUUAUUAUUUGAAUUGUAUUUCGGUUUUACCGCCGCACCAUCACGUUCGUUUUUCCUUAACGUUACACUUGUAGACUUUGUCAUGUCGUACGCAAAGAACGGAGACCUGUUGCCGUACAUUAACAAGGUGGGUUCGUUCGACGCGGCCUGCACGCGGUUCUACUCCGGCGAGAUCCUUCGCGCCCUGGAGCACCUCCACGAUCUGAAAAUCAUGCACCGGGACCUGAAGCCCGAAAACAUAUUGCUCGACCAAAACAUGCACAUCAAAGUAGCCGAUUUCGGAUGUUCAAAGAUCAUCGAACCGGAAGACGACGACACUUCGUCGGACAAGUCCAUCCUGAACGACAGCAAUGGCGGCAGGCAGCGCUCCAAUAGUUUUGUCGGCACCGCCCAGUACGUCAGCCCCGAACUGUUGACCGAGAAAAGCAUUUCGCCGAGUUCGGACCUUUGGGCUCUCGGUUGCAUCAUAUACCAAAUGAUUGCCGGCCUACCGCCUUUCCGAUCCAGGUAUGUAGUAUUAGACUCGGUUACACUGUUGUUGGGAAAGGUAUUAUUAUUUUUAUUGCGUUUUACUCAUCAGUUUGUGUUUUUUUUUUUUUUUUUUUUAUGUUUGUGCACAUAGGAGCGAGUACAUGCUUUUUAAGAAAAUCCUAAACCUUGAUUACGUGUACCCGGACGGAUUCACCGCGGACGCCAAAGAUCUAGUACAGAAAUUGUUGGUGAUCGAUCCCAAUGAACGACUCGGUUCCAAAGACACCCAACGGUAUACGUCUAUCCGUUCGCAUCCAUUUUACGACGGGUUGGAUUUCGACACGUUGCACCUGACCAAUCCACCGCCCAUAUACCCUUACCUACCCGGUAACAGCGAGAGUCAAGAGCUCCGGAGCCAGUACCGGGUGCCCAGCAACUUAGAACCUGGACUGGACGACAAACAACUUACCAGGUUACUGGGUCUGGACGGUCACGGCGGUAGUAGCAGUUCCGGAUCGUCGACGACCACGACUAUGACGUCGGUAACUUCGACGAACUCGGUCCCGGCGGCGCCCGCGCCGAGACCACGCAAACGGUCCGGUAUACUUCAAAUGAACGACGAAGAGAAACAACACCAACUGCACCAUCAGCGGUGCAACAGCAAAUGGCACAGUUUGGUAGAUGGAAAUUUGAUCGUCAAACAAGGACUGGUUGACAAGCGAAAAGUGAGUACUAUUAGUUCUCUUUGAUAUUUGAAUAUCAAUAGUAAUAAUAAUAAAAAUUAUAAAUAAUUGUGAUUUUCCCUCUUUUUCGCGCAGGGUUUGUUUGCCAGGAGACGCAUGCUGAUGUUGACAAUGGGCCCGCAUUUAUAUUACGCCGACCCCGUGACCAUGACCCUCAAAGGAGAAAUACCUUGGAGUCCACAGUUACGAGUGGAACCGAAAAAUUUCCGAAUAUUCUUUGUACACACGGUAAAUAUUCUGGAAUUGGCAUUCAUAUUAUGUGAUUUUUACAAUUGCUUUUUUCUGUUUACAGCCCAACCGAACCUAUUACCUAGAAGACCCCGAAGGUUUUGCGCUAGAAUGGUGCAAGGCGAUCGAAGAAAUGCGCGUUAAUACAUAUGGCGUGUCCACAACGACGGUCGCUUAACGAAACCACUGUUCAGUGACUGUUUUUUUUUUUUUUUUUUAGUAUAAUUUUGACGAAACUAUUUUUUUUUCAUUUUAAUUUAAAUUUAAUAUUAAUAAAAAAAAAAAAAAAAAUCCCUGCGUUAAAUACAACAUUUCAGUUUUUAGUCUAUAUUGUUGCAGUAUUUUGUUUUAACGAAAAUGAUCUGCAAACACGUCUGUGAUAUUAAUUUUUAAUUUUAAUUCAAUAAUAUUGUAAUAUUGUAAUUUAGCUAUAAUAAACAAAGAAAUCAUAUUCUUAUGUAUAAUACAAAAUAAUUUUUUAAGAUUAAGUAAUUUAUUAAACAAUAAUAAUAAUAAAUGGCUGGUGACACUGCCCCCUUGCCCCUGAAACAGGCUGUGCUUGAUAGAUAGAUAGAUAGAUAGAUGAAACUUUUAGAGUAAUAAUUUAUUUUUACUAUUUUUUUUUUUCUUUCUCAAGAUUGAUUGGUUGUGUCUUUUUAAUUAAUUUGUUUGUUUAUUAUAAUGAGAAAUUUUUUUUUUAAUUGUAUAUUUAGAAUAAUUUUACAUAGAUCCAGUUGUUAUAAUAUUAAUAGAGAUUUCUCUUUAAAAAUAUUUAAUUCCGUUAAUCAUUGACUGUAUACGUUCUCACCGCUCUUGUUAUUCAAUUAAUAUUGUAUUGUUAAUGUUUCUCUAGUGCAUUUUUUAACGAAACAUAAUUCAAAAUAAAACAUUUCCGCGCCAUUUCUAUAACUAUUUUUUGAGAAAGAAAAUGUACUAUUGUCUUAUUUAACUUAUUAUUAUUAUUAUUAAUUUUUUUUUUUUUUGUUUUUUAUGUAUUCGUCUUAGCAUUAAUAAUAUAUUGUUAUAUAAUCAAUCAAUGCCCUUCGUCCUCAAAUAGUGAAUUUGUAGAAAUCACAUAAUAUUAUUAUGUAUUCACUGUAUAUUUUUUUUUUAAUAGAGACCACUCGCUAAACACAUUUUUAAUUUUAUUUUGCAUGUUUGCAGUAUUUACUGUGAUAUAUUUAUAUUGUACAUAUUCAAUGUGUUAAUAAUACAAAUAAUACUUUUAUUAGGCAAAGAUUAAUUUUAGAUAAUUUAAAACAUAUUAAAAUAUUAAUUAUAAUAUAACUAAUCAAAUUAGUUCCUAAAAAAAAAAAGAAAAGAAAAGAAAGAUUGUUGAAUACUCACACGCAAAAGCAAAAUAAAAUAAAAAAAUAUUUAAAUUCUUUGUUUUUAUUCAAUUACAUCAUUAUAAUGAUAAUAAGAUGAUACUUUAUUUCUAUUUGUUAAAUUAAUUUACUAAUAUUGAUAAUAGCCAAAUAUAAUAAUCCUUUUCAAUAAUAGUCAAAUUUUGUAUAAUAUUAAUUUCUUUAUAAAUAAUAUUAUAAUUAUAAUAUAUAAAUACAUUUAUUAUUACAUAUACAUUAUUUUUUUUUUGUUUCAAACGUAUUUUGUAAAUUAAAUCAUAUAGUUGUUAAAAUGCAUUAUGUUUCUGUGUUGGUAAAACAACACCAUAAUAUAAAAUAUGUGCGUGUGAGUGUGCAUGCGUAGUAAAUGUGUAUGACUAUAUGUUUAAGGUGAAAAAAAAAGGAAUAGCAAGUUACAUAAGUAAAGCCGGUGUGUUCAUUAUGCAAUAACCUAAUUUUACCCACGUUAUCUUAUAUUGUAAACCGUAUUUAUUUUUAUUUUUUUUUUUCGAUAUUACAAUUUUUCGUUUAGUAUUUUUACGUGCCGUGUAUAAAAUGGUUCGUUUUUUUUUCUUCAUCUAGUUUGUAAGGCCCUGGAAUUAAUUGGGUUAUCGAAAUCCGUAGGCGCGAAUAUUGUUUAAAGUUACCCGUCUUUUAAACUAUUUUUAAUUUAUAAUAAGACAGUAAUAAUAUUGUAUAAUAGCGUCUAAGAGAAAUUAUUAUAAUUGAUUAGGUAAAAUGAAUGAAUAAAUUAAUUACAUGAAAUUUGAAGAUAAUAAUUAGUUGGUCGUGUUUUGUUUUUUUCCUCCCUGUGUCUGUUUUCCUGUAUACAUUUAUGGUAUAAUAAAUAGUUAUGUAAUUGUGUGCUCGUCAAAAUUAAGAAGUUAUUCAAAUGUAAUGUUAACAGGAAAACAGUGUUUCUUUCAGUGUUUUGUUACUCUAUGGUACUGUACUUAUUACUUUACUAUCUUCUAAAUGGUGAAGUAUGUUGACUGUAGUUAUGUUACAACAGAUAGAC